AUGCCAUACUCUCUCAAAGGCCGUAAUGUGCUGGUGACAGGAGGUUCGAGAGGACUCGGCGCCUUGAUAGCCGAGAAAUUUGCCGCAGAAGGCGCCAACGUCGUGGUCAAUUAUGUGACCAGCAAGGAGAGAGCAGUCGAGGUUGCUGAGAAGAUCAAGACUGACUAUGGAGUCAAGGCUCAUGUUCUUCAAGCUGACAUUGGCGUCAUUGCAGAAUCCCAGAAGCUAGUCAAAGACACCGUGGAGCUGCUUGGAGGCCUCGAUGUGAUCAUCAACAAUGCUGGCUGGACAAGGUUCGCAACCUUUGGCGAUAUCAACGAUCUCAGUCAUGAUGAGUGGAAUAAAUGCUGGUCGACCAAUGUCAUGUCCCACUUGGUACUGCUUCAAGAAGCCGCUCCCAUAUUCAAUGCCAACCCUGACGGCGGUGUCUUUCUCAUCUCCUCCUCGGUCGCUGGCAUCACCACUGGUGGAAGCAGCAUGGGAUAUGCUGUCACCAAAGCCGCCGGACUCCAUCUCAUGAAAUGCAUGGCUUUUACUCAAGGGCCAAAGAUUCGACUAAAUGCCGUCUUGCCAGGUCUGCUGCUGACAGAAUGGGGACAGAAAUAUGGCGAAGACAGGAUUAAAGCCAACAUCAACAUGACAGCUCUGAAGCAUGAGACAUAUCUUGAUGAUUGUGCCGACGCAUUUAUCGCAUCAGCAAAGAACACUUCACAGACAGGGCAACAGAUUGUCGUUGGUAGGUCACAUUCCAGGCAUGAUGAAAGUCACCCGCUUACGUUGCAAGAUGCUGGCCUCGUCAUCAAGUAG